AUGACUUCUUUCGUGCUCAAAAUCCCUUGCUCCUCGGCCAACAUUGGCCCCGGGUUUGAUGUGAUCGGCCUGGCACUGUCCCUCCAUUUGGAUAUCCACGUCACCAUCGAGCCCACAUCCUCAUCCCAGUACCCUUUCAACUGCGCCAUCACCUAUGAGGACCAGAGCAAGAGUGUGGAGCAGAUCAGUCUCGACCCAGAAGUCAAUCUGAUCACCCGAGUAGCCUUGUAUGUCCUCAGAUGCCACGAUCAGCGAGCCUUUCCCGUGGGGACUAAGGUGCACAUUGUCAACCCUAUCCCGUUAGGCCGGGGUCUGGGCUCAUCUGGUACCGCCGUGGUGGCCGGUGUCAUGCUAGGAAAUGAGGUGGGUAAGCUGGGUUUGAGCAAAGAGCGAUUGCUCGAUUUCUGCUUGAUGAUUGAACGACACCCCGAUAACGUGGCUGCUUCCCUCUUCGGUGGGUUUGUGGGCACCUAUCUGAAUGAGCUUAAGCCCGAGGAUGUGGCACGAAAAGAAAUCCCUCUCAGUGAAGUCCUGCCUGCUCCGGCAGGUGGAGUUGACACCGGUAUCAGACCUCCUGCGCCACCAGUGGCCAUUGGUCAUUACAGGAAGUUCAACUGGGCUCCAGAAAUCAAGGCCAUUGCCAUUAUCCCCGACUUUGUGGUGCCUACGGCCAACGCCCGUAACGUACUCCCGGAGACCUACUCCAGGGCGGACGUGGUCUUCAAUCUUCAGCGCGCGGCACUCCUCCCCGCGGCAUUGGGAAGCUCGCCGCCGGAUCCUGACAUGAUCUUCCUUGCCAUGCAGGACAAGGUGCACCAGCCUUAUCGCAAGACACUGAUCCCGGGAUUGACUGAAAUCCUCCAAUUCAUGACCCCUACCACUCAACCCGGUCUGUUGGGAAUCUGUCUCUCCGGUGCAGGACCGACCAUUCUGGCAUUGGCCACAGAGCGCUUCGAAGAGAUUGCUGACCGCAUCAUCGCACGGUUCGCUGCCAAUGACAUCACCUGCCAAUGGAAGCUACUCGAGCCAGCUCACGAUGGAGCUACUGUCACCUAUAACUAA